CGCAUGCGCGCUUAUUCACCGGCAACGAAAAGAUUAUCUCUAAUCGUCUUCACUCUUCAAGAAUGCAGACGAAAAACAACGACAGCCGUUCGAUUGACCGGAGCUCCGGCUUCGAUCAACGGACAGGAAUUUAUCAUAGUCUUCGCCCUUCUCUUUCUCUACCUCCUAUAGAUCAACCUCUCUCCACCGCCGAAUUCGUACUUUCUCUGCUCCGCAAAUCCUCACCACCAGCCACCGCCGGGAAAAACAUUGAAGCCUUAACCUUCCUAGUUAACUCGAGCUCUGGUGAUAGCCUCACUUAUGGAGAGCUUCUUCGUGGAGUUCGUUCUCUUGCUGUAUCUCUCCGGGAGCGAUUUCCUUCUCUUUCCUCAAAAAAUGUCGCUUUUAUCCUCUCUCCACCUUCGCUGCACAUACCAGUGCUUUACUUAGCUUUAAUGUCGAUCGGUGUUGUUGUUUCACCGGCGAACCCAAUCGGAUCUGAAUCAGAGGUGAGUCAUCAGGUUGAAGUCAGUGAACCAGUAAUUGCGUUCGCGACAUCGCAGACGGUUAAGAAGCUUCGGUCCUCAUCUUUCCCUCUCGGAAUCGUUCUGAUGGACUCGCCUGAGUUUCUCUCCUGGUUAAAUCGAUCGGAUGCUUCAUCGGUUAAUCCAUUUCAGGUUCGGGUCCACCAAUCGGACCCUGCCGCAAUCCUCUUUUCGUCUGGCACAACCGGGCGGGUCAAAGGCGUUUUGAUCACUCACCGUAACCUAAUUGCCUCGACCGCCGUGUCUCACCAACGGACUCUCCAAGAUCCGGUUGAUUAUGAUCGCGUUGGACUGUUCUCGCUUCCGCUCUUCCACGUGUUUGGCUUCACGAUGAUGAUUCGAGCCAUCUCGCUUGGAGACACGCUGGUGCUUUUAGGGAGAUUCGAGCUUGAGGCGAUGUUAAAGGCGGUGGAGAAAUAUAAGGUUACUGGUAUGCCUGUAUCUCCUCCGUUGAUUGUAGCAUUGGUCAAAUCGGAGCUAACGAAGAAGUACGAUCUCCGGUCGUUGCGUUCUCUUGGCUGCGGCGGCGCUCCACUCGGCAAAGACAUCGCAGAGAGGUUCAAGCAGAAAUUCCCAGAUGUGGAAAUUGUACAGGGCUAUGGCUUGACGGAGAGCUCGGGGCCAGCUGCGUCAACUUUUGGACCUGAAGAGACGGUAAAAUAUGGCUCAGUUGGUCGUAUCUCUGAGAAUUUGGAAGCCAAAAUUGUUGAUCCAUCCACCGGAGAAGCCUUGCCACCGGGAAAAACCGGUGAACUAUGGCUCCGAGGACCAGUCAUCAUGAAAGGUUAUGUGGGAAACGAGAAAGCGAGUGCGGAGACAGUAGACGAAGAAGGGUGGUUAAAGACUGGUGAUCUCUGUUAUUUUGAUGCGGAAGGUUUUCUGUAUAUUGUUGAUCGGCUAAAGGAACUAAUCAAAUACAAGGCUUAUCAGGUUCCACCGGUAGAGUUGGAGCAGAUUCUUCACUCGAAUCCAGAUGUGAUUGAUGCUGCAGUUGUUCCGUUCCCUGACGAGGAUGCAGGAGAGAUUCCAAUGGCUUUCAUAGUGAGAAAACCAGGAAGCAAUCUCAACGAAGCGCAAAUCAUUGAUUUCGUAGCUAAACAAGUUGCUCCGUACAAGAAGGUAAGACGAGUUGCUUUCAUAAAUGCAAUCCCAAAAAAUCCUGCUGGCAAGAUUCUGCGUCGGGAACUUACUAAAAUCGCCGUGGAUGGCAAUGCAUCAAAGCUUUGAGAUAACCGGCCGGCUCAGUUAUUAUUGUAUCGGUUCUCAGUGAAUAUGGGAUUUAUUGACCGGUUCAGAGGGAAUAUAUCGUUUUCUGUAUUCGCUUCAAUUAUUUAGAGUUCUUCUCUAAUCUGUAAUCUUUCACCAUAAGCAUACAUUAUACAGUUGAUCAAAAAAAAAAAAAAAAAAAAAAA